AUGAGCGGAGGUAAUCCCUACGCAGUGAACGGGUACUCGGGGUCCCGAUCCAAUAUCGCAAAUCCAUAUGCUGGUGCAGGAGGUGGAGGCGGAGGAUAUGCAGACCCGUACCUGGCUGGCAACAAUCAGUCGAGCGCCAGUGUGAACAGCUACAGCUCAAGAGACACCAGAGACCCCGGAAGAGAACGAAGGAGAUCGCCUCAGCCAAAUCCAUACGGCGCCGAGCCUGGUCCUGGUCCUGGUCCUGGUCCUGGCCCGCCGAGAGAUGGCAGAAGAGGGGCUGGUUAUGGUGGCUUAGGCGGGCCUCCGCAGCCUCCGCAAGCAUCGGCGGAUCGCUACGGUAGCUACGACGGUCCACGCGACCGGCGACCGUCACACCCUCAAGAUCGACCUCAAGGCUAUGGCCGACCCCCAUCGAGGCCGAGAGAUGAUCAAGAACAGUAUAACCCGAGACGGCCAUCCCAGCCUCGAGACCAACCAAGGGAUCAGCUGAGAGAACAGCCUAGAGACCAAUUGCCCGACUCGGGCAGAUAUGGGACACCACCGUUGGCUCCUCAGUCCGCCGAGCGGAGGCCACCUACAAGAGAAGGAAACAGAGGAUAUGGCGAGAGUCGCAGCAGAGACCGCGGUCAAGGCUUGAAACCACCUGAGGAACGAUACCAGCAGCCGCCACCGAUCCCCAGUGCAACACGUGCUGCUGCAAAUGGCUACGCUGCUCCAACCUCUGCGACCUCCCGCUACAAAGACUACUCACCCAGUCGACCUACGAAGUCGAUGGAUGAGCUUAUGCGACAUAUUCAGGGCAAUUGGAAAACACUGGAAGGCGAUGACUGCGUGCCUGUCAAGAUUGCGCUACAAUUGAUGGAUCCUAGCUCUCUAGGACUGGCAGAGAAGGAGCCCGACUUCGCAGAAACGCAUGUUGACCUCCAGAAGUCAUUGAAGAGCGUGGUUAACGAGCAUUAUGCCGAUUUCAAUUCAGCAGUCGGAACCUAUCACAAAAUCCAGAACGCCAUACGAGAAAGUCAGAAUCGCGUACGCAUGCUCAAGGGUGGGCUUAUGAGCACCAAAGGUGGCAUGUUGACCACAAAGCCUGAGUUGAGAUCCUUGGCCGAAACGAGUGGCAGUUUGGAUGACAUGGUGGUGCUCGUCUCUUUGAUUGAAGAUCUCAAGACCGUUCCAGGCAAGCUGGAAGAGCGGAUCAGCGAGAAGCGAUUCCUGUCCGCCGUCGACUUGCUUAUGGAGAGUCUCAGAGGACUUCGCAAGUCUGAGCUUGAAGAAAUCGCUGCGCUAUCCGACAUGCGAUCAUAUUUUGCGACCCAAGAAAGCAGUCUUGUGGACAUCCUUGUGGAAGAGCUGCACGAUCAUCUCUACCUCAAGAGUCCAUACUGCGCCGACCGGUGGAAGAAGAAACAACCGAACGGAGAACAAGUUGAUGGCGUGGCAAGCAUGAGUGAGACUGGAAACUCCUGGGAUCGACCAGUCUAUCAUUUUCUCUCGAACCUGGAUACCUCAGUGGUCAUGGAAGAGGACGCGUCGAAGAAUCCCGAGGCGGACACUUUCUACUAUAUCCACUUGAUACUGGAAUCGCUGAACAAACUUGGCCAUUUGGAGGAGGCUGUACUGAGGCUAGAGCAAAGAAUGCCCGUCGAACUGUACCGCGUCGUCGAGAAGACCAAUUCAGAAGUCGAUGGGCGCUACCCCAGCCAUGUUCGCGGUCAAUUGAACAAGGACAAGCGGACGACAAUGACGAUGAGAGUGGACGACGGUCGAAGCCAGGUGCUCUCAGACUUCCUGUGGACACUUUAUGCCAAGUUUGAGGCCGUAGCCGAGGGAUUUCGAAUCCUUCACGAGGUGGUUUCGGGUCUUGCUGCUCGAGAAGGGAUUUCCAAGCCUGACAAGUUGAUUGGGAGCUUCAAGGAGCUGUGGAAACUCUACCAAAUGGAGAUGCGCUCAACAUUGCAUGACUACCUGGCCACAGACGGCGACAGAGGUUCCAGAGGCGGCCUCACCGCGGCGACUGCCGCGGAUGUCUUUGCUCGGCAGCAGAGGGACAGGAAAAAGCGUAUGUUCAAACUGUCGGAAAUGGAUCAGAAAGCUCUCGGCAUCAAAGAAGAAGAGGACGAAUUGGACGAAAUCCUGAAGUCUUCCGUGCCUGGUCUUGUGAGAAGGUCCAAGAACAAGGGUGUCAAUGAAGUCGCAGAGAGAGGCGGCUUUGACAACACUUCUGCUGGGCACAAGCUGCUGAUCGAACCAGGCGUCUUCAACAUGACGAUUCUACUGACGCCGUCGCUCACAUUCUUGCAACGUCUCAAGGAGGUUGUGCCACAGACUGCGAACAUCCCCAUCAGUACAUUGACAUCCUUCCUGGACGACUUUCUGAUCAAUAUCUUCCAUCCGCAGCUGGAAGAAGCUGUAACGGAGCUCUGCACACACUGUCUGGUCGACAUUGAAGCUUUUGAAGAGGAUGCUAGUUGGUCUAAGCACUCGCCGCACCCCAUCUUCAAGGGAGCCGUCACCUUUAUGGGCUUGAUCCGGUCAUUCUCGUCCAUGCUGGCAUCAAUACCGCACGAUCAGAUGUUCACGCAAUUGAUUAUUAAUCAGCUCGUGACUUACUAUGACAAGUGCUUUGGCUUUUACAAGCGUAUUGUGAGCCGGGUCGUGUCGUCGCCUACCAACCACAAUGCCCAGACACUCACUUUGAAAGCGGCCGCAUCAUACGCCGAGUCUGGCGAGGUACACGAUCUCGCUCUACAGCUGUGGAACGCCAGCUCUUCAGGAACUUACAACCCCGAGCUGGUGAAUGAAGAGGUACAGGCGCUGCUCAAGGCGAUCAAGGCAUCGCCUGUGUCAGCAUACGAUAUCAUCUCGGAUCCCAAAUCUGUGCAGCAGCUGUCCUUGCUGUACAACAGCAUGCAGUGGCUUACUGCGGCGCUGUCUCAACUCAGGCAUGUGGUCAAUACACCCUCAAGCAAGUCUCAGGGGCAGAACACCCGUCGCUGGACGCUGAUUAAAAGCCUGAAACCUCUCAGCACGGACUCGCCUGAGAAGCUCACGUAUCUACCUCUGACCUCCGAGACUGUGAUUCCUUUCGAUACUACAGUAACAUCCUUCCGCAAUCUCGCUCAGACGUCGCUGCUUACCCUGCAUCUCGAUAUCCGAUGUGGCAUCAUGUACCAAUUUUCGCGCAUCUUGUGUGGUCCCGACCUGCCCGGCUCGAUGGGUGGCGGCGAGCCAGGGCAAAAUGUUCAACGAGUCGACUCUGCGGGUCUGCCGCCGCUGUCGUCUGGCGCAUAUCCAUUCGUCUUGGGCAGUCCGCCGGGUUCGGCCUCGCCCCUUGUUUUGAGGCUAAACAGCGACUUGAUUUCCUUCGAUGCCAACAUCACGGCUCAGCUUGGCAUCAAGGAACGCAGAUUUAUUGCCUCGGGCUUGGGACGGCUUGUCGACCGAUACAUGGUCGCGGGUGCCGACAACGUCCUCGUCAUGAACGUCAACGGUGCGGAGCGAAUGCGGGUCGACGCCAUGGUAGUGCAGCAGAAUCUGCGUGGCAUGAUUGCCAAUGUGCGUCAGACCAAGAAUGGUACCACUGCACCGGCAGACAUGAAUGGGCUGGGGAUCGUCGCUGCAUCGGGCGACGGCAACGAGGACGACGGCAUCCUCACCGACACACACGCGUACUACUCGCUCUUCUUGGAGGGGCCCGACGAGGUCAUGAAGUAUGUCAGCAACGCGAAGUCAUCGGGCAAAGGCGUAGGCUUUAGCUACGACGAGCUGCGCACCCUGAUCGAGCUUUGCUUUAGCGAAGCAUUGCGAGGCGACGACCGCGAGGAAAGUGUCAAGGCGCGCAAACGCAUGGGUGAUGUACUUCUACAAUUGGGCGAAGUUAUGUGGGAUUCGUGA